AUGACCUAUUCUACAGUUAGCAUCAACACGCCUCCACCAUACCUUACCUUAGCCUGCAAUGAAAAAUUGCCUACAGUUAUGUCCAUUGCUGGAACAGACCCAAGUGGUGGGGCUGGUAUCGAAGCUGAUGUCAAGACUAUCACUGCACACAGAUGCUAUGCCAUGACAUGUAUCACUGCUUUGAAUGCUCAAACACCAGUUAAAGUCUACAGCAUAAAUAACACACCAAAAGAAGUGGUUUCUCAAACUUUAGAAACCAAUUUAAAAGACAUGAAAUGUAACGUUAUCAAGACCGGUAUGCUUACAACAGCUGCUAUCGAGGUGUUGCACGAAAAACUGCUGCAGCUUGGUGAAAAUAGACCUAAGCUGGUUGUUGAUCCAGUUCUUGUUGCUACAUCUGGUUCUUCUUUAGCGGGAAAGGAUAUAGUUGGUUUAAUUACGGAGAAAGUUGCUCCUUUUGCUGACAUUUUGACUCCUAACAUUCCAGAGUGUUUCAAGUUGUUAGGUGAGGAAAGAAAGGUUAACAAGUUACAAGAUAUUUUCGAAGUCGCAAAAGACCUUGCUAGAGUAACUAAGUGUUCGAAUAUCUUAGUGAAAGGUGGCCAUAUUCCAUGGAAUGACGAAAAAGAAAAGUACAUUACAGACGUUCUUUACUUGGGUGCUGAACAGAAGUUCAUAAUUUUUAAAGGCAAUUUUGUUAACACUACGCAUACUCAUGGCACUGGAUGCACCCUAGCUUCAGCCAUUGCGUCAAACUUGGCUCGUGGUUAUUCUCUUCCCCAAUCUGUUUAUGGUGGUAUUGAGUACGUUCAAAAUGCCGUGGCCAUUGGCUGUGAUGUCACUAAGGAGACUGUUAAGGAUAAUGGACCAAUUAAUCAUGUGUACGCCGUAGAAAUCCCAUUAGAAAAAAUGCUCAGCGAUGAAUGUUUUACUGCAUCAGAUGUUGUACCUAAAAAGCCGCUAAAAAGUUCUGCUGAAAAAAUCCCAGGCGGUAAUUUCUACGAAUACCUGAUUAAUCACCCUAAAGUUAAGCCACAUUGGGAUUCCUAUAUCAACCACGAAUUUGUGAAAAAAGUUGCGGACGGUACUUUAGAGCGUAAGAAGUUCCAGUUCUUUAUCGAACAAGAUUAUGCGUACUUGGUUGAUUAUGCCAGAGUUCACUGUAUCGCAGGUAGUAAAGCUCCAUGCCUAGCAGAUAUGGAAAAAGAGCUAGUCAUUGUUGGAGGUGUUCGUACUGAAAUGGGCCAACAUGAAAAGAGACUAAAAGAGGAAUUUGGGGUUAAAGAUCCUGAUUACUUCCAAAAAAUUAAGAGAGGACCUGCAUUAAGAGCUUACUCUCGUUACUUUAACGAUGUUUCUAGGAGAGGUAACUGGCAAGAAUUGGUCGCAUCCCUUACUCCUUGUUUAAUGGGUUACGGUGAAGCUCUAAUUAAAAUGAAGGGUAAGGUCACCGUAGCUGAGGGGUCCGUUUACCACGAAUGGUGCGAAACUUACGCAUCUUCAUGGUAUCGUGAAGCCAUGGUUGAGGGUGAAAAGCUUUUGAAUCACAUCCUAGAAACAUACCCUCCAGAGCAACUUGACACUUUGGUGACGAUCUACGCCGAAGUUUGUGAAUUGGAAACCAAUUUCUGGACCGCUGCCCUCGAGUACGAAUAG